UGCAUGCCACCGGAUACAAAGUUGAACUAAAAGUGCAAAGUUUGCACUGCAAACUAGUGCAAAGGAUACCAACAAACAAUAAAUUGUGAAAGUUGUUUGUUGAACUGUAAACUGUUGCACAUGUGCCAACAAUAACAAACAAAAAAGAACUAUUUUACAACCUAUUUGUCCAAAUUUGCAAAAACUUAUAUUUUGUCGAAGUUAGAACUGGGAGCAUUUCUUUCUCUUUCUACGUCUCAUCAUCACAUCGGAUCAGGCAUUGCAUUCGGAAAGCAACAAGCGCAAGGUUAGUUCAAGUUCGAAUUUUUAAGCGAACACUUGUGUUUAUUUACGCAAAAAGAUAAAAUCUGUCCUUCUGCCUAUCAACUGUAUUGAUUAUCAUUGGAACGUUGGCUAAAACAUAAGAUAGAGAGAGCAGUUACAACGACACCAAAAUGAUUCAAGUGGGAGGUCACGGAGAAGACAAUCCAAACGUGUCAUGGCUGAGAAGCAAGGGAAUGUGGUUUACGUACGGGAUCGCUGUUACAAUGUUGCACCUUUUUUUGCUCUCAAUUCCAUUUCUUUCGAUUCCCAUGGCUUGGACGCUGACUAAUCUGAUUCACAACACUAUCAAUUUCAUUUUCCUUCAUGUGCUAAAAGGUGCUCCCUGGGAGAUUCAAGAUCAAGGACUAGCCAGGCGUCUCACACAUUGGGAACAGAUUGAUUAUGGGGUUCAGUUUACAAGUACUCGCAAAUUUCUCACAAUUGUACCAAUCGUCUUAUUCUUCUUGGUUUCUUUCUACACAAAAUACGAUACGAGUCAUUUCGUUCCAAACUUUGUGUCAAUGACGCUGGUUCUUAUUCCGAAACUUCCCCAGUUCCACUGUGUCCGUCUCUUUGGGAUUAACAAGUAUUAAAAUGUAAAAGAAGAUUGUCAACGAGACUUUGAAAUAUCUAUUCGAAUGCAAUUCUAUUUCUGCAAUUUACAAAUCUUUGAAUGUCAACAUAUUUUCGAGAUGAGUCAUUAUACAAUAGCCACGUAGAGCUCAGGUUGUAGGUGAUUCCUUAGUGCGAUUGAUAAAUAGAUAUAAAGCCGUAAAAACCCCCAAUCAAUUAUAGCUGGAUGUUUAAUUAUUGCAACUACAUUAAUUGCUAAUGUAAUCUUGAUGGUUAUAUAGUAUACUACCCUUCAUUUUUUUGUAAAUAACGAAUCCCCUAUAUCGCACAUUAUUGAGAUCUAUCUUUAGUAUUUAUUUGUGGCUAUAAGUAGUUAUUCAUUUUCUAUUUCUUCCAGAAUUCAAAUGUAACGUAGAACGCCAGUAAUGAUAACGUAAUACACAGGUUAGCAUAUUUCUGUAUUUUUAGAAUCCGAUAAACUCGAAAUUAUUCUGCUUAGAAUUGAAUAGUUAUACAUAUUUAAUAACAUUUAAUGUAUGGCAAUUCUUGCCAUUUCCAGAAAUGUAAUAGCUGAAUAUAUAACGUACAGUUAAUUCUGGUCGA